ACGCCAACAGGGGAGAAGGAAGAGGGAGAGGGGGCUGCCUUUAACCCGUUCAUCCCCAGCAAUAUCACAAACUCUCCUUCUGGAGGAGUUAGGCUGGAGCCCCUGGGCCCCCAGGCAGUGAGUUAGGGAAGUCAGGUCUCCUCCUCCUCCUGGAAACCAGCCCCAUCUGGCCUCCUCGUGGCCACCCAGCUCUGCACCAGCCCCUCUGGCUGCCUUGACAGUGAUUAGGAGGGGUGGUGGUCUAGAGAGGAGGCAUAGAAGGAAAUCUGGGCAGGUCUCCCCACCUUUGUUUGCUCCAUCCCUCCACUCCCCAGCUGCCUCUGGCCUGAGGACUUUUGUUUUUCAUUCCCGGGAUGUGGAGAAGAACAUGGGGCCACACCCUGGCCUGUGUGGGUGGAGCCUGGGAAGGGAGUUGGGGCAGAAGAUAGCUGGAGCCCCAGGCCAUGGCCACUUCCUGGCAGGGUGCCAGCUCAUCUGCUGCCCAGACCAAGGCAAAGCAGGCUCGAAAGAGGGUGGUGGGUAUGGCCAAGCCUUAGCCUUCAUCAAGGCUUGCUGUUGCCGGCCGGCUGGGCGGUCCCCAGGCCUAGGGACCUCGGUGGAACAGAGCUGCUGGAUAAGGAAAGGGUAACGGGUGGGGAAGGGGAGGUUUGCCAGGGCUCUUGCGGAUGGGCACAGAGCAAUGUCAGUAGGAAGCCAGGAAAAUAGAGGGCUCACUUAGCUUGACCCACCCUUGUCCACUUCCCAGGCCUCCUUAGGUCAUGCUCAAAAGUCCUGUCCAGGCACCUCCAUAUUUGAAUAGCUUUGAGCAGAGCACUUUAUCCUCUUGAGGCCUUAGUCUCCUGAUCUUUGACAGAAGGACAAUCAUCCCCUAUCUGUCUCACCUCUGGGAGGCACCCUUAGGACUGGACAGGGUGAGAUGGAGGGUUUUACAUAUAGGGCAACUAUCAGGCACUGUUUAUUCCCUUUCAUUUUCCUCCAGCAUUCCUAAGAGAGCAAGGACCAGAAUGACUUAUCCUCUUUUCACAGAUGAGGACACUGAGGUCCAGAGAAAGGUCAUGAAGUAUGUUGAGAGCCAGGAUCUCCUAAACCAGUCCAGAGCCUGAGGUCUCCAAAAUGAAAAGGUUCUUAUGAACUCCAGGGAUGCUGCACGAGGCUCACCACUGACUGGAGGCCCCUUCCUCCACCCCACCCCCCACUCGCCCAUAUCACAGGGUCAAGUCCAAGUCCCUUAUCCACCAGGACACCUACUCUGGCUUUUAUACCCAUGGGCUACAUACCUUGAGGACACACCCUCCAAAUAGUCCUAGGUCCCCCAGCACAUUAGCGGUACCUGGAAUCCCAAAGGGAAAGCCAGUCAACAGCCCACAGUUCCCAAAGCCACAGAGCCAGUCCUAGUCCCCACAUCAAGGGAAGCUUGUGGUGAUGACAAGAACCUAAGUGUCUGAGGCAGAUAGAGCUGAGCUUGAAUCUCAGCUCUGCCAUUCCUACGUGAGCCUGAUAGGCACUCACCCCAAGGAAGCCUCCACCUUCCCUAUGUGCACUGGGAUAUCAGAGCUCAGUGCAGGAUCUUGACGAUGGGCAAUGAGGGAUGUAAAGCACCCGACAUAUUAAGAGCUCAGUGAACGGUGGCUAUUCUCACUCCACCCAGGCCCUGGGGCUCCCCCAGACGCCCUCCUUUCUCACCAGCCCGACUACGCAAGAUCCCCUCAGUUCCUGUUUUUAGAGGCAAAUAUUGAUCAGUCAUCUACAGUCCCACAGGAAGCACCAGGCCAGUCACUGCAGGAGAUCAAAUGGCGAGACUGUGCCCUGCCUUCAGGGGCCUGUAGCCUGUGCGCUUUCCUAGUCCCACCAGGAACCACCGUCCCAGUCUCCUCCUGCCUCCACCCUUGCCAUCGGUCCCCCAGCUGACCCGUCACCAUGGCAGCCCUGAUGGCAGAGAACUUCCGCUUCCUAUCACUCUUCUUCAAGAGCAAGGAUGUGAUGAUUUUCAACGGGCUGGUGGCACUGGGCACGGUGGGCAGCCAGGAGCUGUUCAGUGUGGUGGCGUUCCACUGCCCUUGCUCACCAGCCCGGAACUACCUGUACGGGCUGACAGCCAUCGGUGUGCCCGCCCUGGUGCUCUUCCUCAUCGGCGUCAUCCUCAGCAACCACACCUGGAACCUGGUUACCGAGUACCAGUACCGGAGGACCAAGAACUGCUCGGCUCCCCCCAACUUCCUCCUUCUAAGCUCCAUUGUGGGCCGUGCAGCCGUGGCCCCCAUCACCUGGUCUGUCAUCUCUCUGCUGCGUGGUGAGGCCUAUGUCUGUGCUCUCAGCGAAUUCGUGGACCCCUCUUCGCUCACAGCUGGGGAAGACAAAUUCCCACUGGCCCAGGCCACAGAAAUCCUGGCCAAGUUCCCGUGUAGGGAGGGCCCUGCCCACCUGUCAGGUUUCCAGGAGGAGGUCAGCCGCAGGCUCAAGUACGAGUCCCAGCUCUUCGGGUGGCUGCUCAUCGGUGUGGUGGCCAUCCUGGUGUUCCUGACCAAGUGCCUCAAGCACUACUGCUCACCACUCAGCUACCGCCAGGAGGCCUACUGGGCGCAGUACCGGGCCAACGAGGACCAGCUUUUCCAGCGCACGGCCGAGGUGCACUCGCGGGUGCUGGCUGCCAACAACGUGCGCCGCUUCUUCGGCUUCGUGGCACUCAACGAGGAUGAAGAGCAGCUGGUUGCCAAGUUCCCGGUGGAAGACACACAGCCACGGCCACAGUGGAACGCCAUCACCGGCGUCUAUUUGUACCGCGAGAACCAGGGCCUUCCACUCUACAGCCGCCUGCACAAGUGGGCACAGGGUCUGGCGGGCAACAGCAUGGCCCAGGACAACACAGAGAUGGUCCUGCUCACCUCCUAAGGGUCCUGGUCCCACACUCUUUGCCAAUGACACUACUUGGUCCCAAACAGAACCCCGUGGCCUGCUCGCAUCAGCAUCAGAGGGGAAUUUUUUUUUUGGCGG